AAAAAAAGGGAAGGUUUUCAGUCAGAGUUUAAAAACAACAGGGCUUAUUUUAUUCUGUCGUUAAUUUAGAUUUGGUUUAAGUUUUUUGGUAACUUACAAACAUGGCGCUACGAAAACUUACCCAAGCCGCAGUUUUAGUUGGAAGAAAAUCGUUCAUCGCAAGACAAGUGCAUGCCACGGCGAGUAUGAACUUCUUCAACUUCAAAAAGCCAUGCCCAUCAUCAGAAGGAGGUCUUGCUGUUGGUUUCGAGAAAAUCUUGAUGGAUGCCGCCAAGGUUGGGGAAGAUCCAUUAGAAGACAUGAACCGUGACCAAAAAACUCCACCCACUGGGGGCUCAGGGACAAAAGAAGAUCCUUACCGCAUGUUCUCAACCGCCCCAUCAAGAUACAUUGAAAUAGAAGAGCCAGAUAGCCACGGUGGGCCACCAGUUGGAUUUUGGUGCACACUUGAAGAAGGUGGCAGAUGUCCGUUGACUGGAGAGUAUUACGUUCUUGAUUAUGAUGCAAGUGAUAAAUGGGGAAUUGGCAAACUUGACCUUUUCAUGCACUAAGCCGUUAAUGUCUUGGAAAUUUAGUUCAAAUCUGUUCCCCUGUGUUUCCGUAUUUUAAAUUUAUCUGUGCUUGGAAAUAUUCCCUGAUGUGGCAACACUGAAAAUAAACUUGACCUACAAAUAG